AUGGGCGAGCCUGACCCUUGGUGUUUCUCAUACGGAUAUUGGUAUGCUUUCUCCAUGGGCAUCAUUGCCCUUGGCUUCGGCAUGGGCAUCUACGUGCCCAGCUUGUUGCCUUCGGCCGCCUUCUUUUUUUGCAUGCGCUAUUUCGUGGAUCAAUACAACAUCCGACACCAUGUGUACCAACCCGGCGUUGAAAGUCUAGGGAGCUUUUCCCGGGCAGUACGUGUCAUGUUGGAAACCACUGUGGCUCUUUGGUGGUUGUUGAUCGGCGCGGGCGCCUUGUUGUACAUGUAUACCUACUUUGCAGAUUACUGGGAUGGUUUUCUGCCUCGAAGUUUGGUGCUAGGCUUGGCGUUGUGGUUGGUCUUUGGUAGCUUCGUUUUGAUGAUCCACGUCUUUUAUCUUUCCGCUCACAACGCUCGUCGGCCGGUCCAUGUGCCUCGAGGAUCUGAGCUUGAAGCUGAAGAGAUGAAGAAAAAGAGUUCCCCUCUGAUGGAGAAGGGUUUGUCCACGAUUUUCGGCGACUUACACGAUCCGAAAGAUGAAGCUGAUGAAGACCCGGAAGCCAACACGGAGAAGAAGGAGAAAAGACUGGAACCGGAGGACUGGGAUGUGCGGAACUGCCUAAAUUUGGGGCGCCCGGCUGAGCUGGUGCCUGGAAGGCUCCUGGCGCAUCUCCGCCGUGACGCUGCAGCUCCGCGGGCGCGGGACUCGAAACGAGCCGUGAGCUUUUUGGGGAUGUCGCUGUUUCCGGACCUUCCGAGGCUCUCCCAGCUGCAGGAUGUGUUCAAGGCCGAUGACGAAGAGACCGGGCCUGAGACCCCGGAGCCUGAGGUGGACAGCGAAGCGAGGUCUCUGAGCGUCCGCAUUCAGCUGAUCGACUGUUUCAUGGAUCUUCCCUCCAAGUCCAGCUGGAAUUCGUCCAAGCAAGGUGAAGCACCUGCCAAGGAGCUGGAACCACUGGAUGAGACGUGGCGAAUGGUUCUCGAAGUGACCAAUCUGGAAGGUCGCAUCCAGACGAAGGCUCCCCACCGCGGUAGCCUCCGCUCUGGCCGGCUGGAAGCCUACGUCUCGGAGGGCGCCGUGAAGCGGGCGUUGGAGCCAUCGGAGGAGAUGAACCUUCUUGGUAUGGGCUUUGUUCCCUUCUUCGAGAUCUCAUCGGCUUCAUGUAGCACUGCCAAGGACCAUCCCCAUAGUCCCCCCGGUUUCUUUGGCGGCGCUGCAAAAAAGCUUGAGGCCCCAGGAGGUGCGGUGGAAGGAAUGCUGGUGCCCGAGACGCCCGGCUGA